CCUCUGAAGACACUUCAAAGUCUCUUAACAAAGUUCCAAAUUACAUCUGAUAUACUCUACAGGAAAAGGAGAGCAGAAUCAUGUUGACAUGUUUCAGAGGCAAUUUCAGGCACUGGAGACCACAUAACAAGGGGAAGACGAGAAACCUGUUUCAUCUAUUGCCAACUGACAUCUUGUUUGAUGAAAUACUUGCAAGGAUUGUCGUUGAAGAUGAAGGUCCCAAAAAUUUAUGUCGCCUCUCUUGCGUAUGCAAGUUGUUGUAUGAAGCAUCAAACGAAGCCGUAAUUUUGAGGAAAACUAAGAUAUGUCUGACUUCUUCCUUAGAGGAACUGUCUAAGUCCUACCGAAACUUCGUCUUCAAAUGUUCCAGCAUGGGCAAUAUACGCGCACUCGCAGCUAUAACAGCAAGCUAUGGAUGUUUCGUCGGCUCAGCAGGUGAGGAACAAUUUCUGAUGGAACGCCUGCACGCGUCGUAUUUCCUGGGGUUGAUCUUGUUCGAGUCUCCAAGCACAAGGAAAGAAUCUUAUCGCUGUCUUGCAGCGACCAUUGCUUUCGAGAACUCACAGCACCUUGCUAACUUUAAGCUGAAUGCAAAGAGAUAUCUAGCAAGUUUUGGCAUCAAUCGACCCUUGAACCGUCUUGAAAUUUCUUGUGGUACUGAGGAAUGCGGUUGCCGGUGGAUUGGGAAGGGAUAUCCUCCUGAGUUUCUUGACAAGCAAACCUGGCUUUCUUUCAAGUGCAUGCUUGGUUACCAUUAUGAGAUGUUCAGACUUGCUGCUGCAGCUGACUUCCAGCAGGACCAAUAAAUCAUUUCCAUUAGCCAUCAAAACUUCCUUCUGGAUCUUAAUUCCCUUUUUUUUCCCCUUUUUACUUGCUUAGAGGCAUUAUAAGAUAUCAUGAAAAGCAUUUUCAUAAGACUGGCACUGUUCAGUGGUUCGUCUGUAAUUAAUUUUAUAAGUUUAA